AUGGUUACGUGGGCGUGGUUUCCGGUCGUCGGGCUGUUGCUGGCAGCAGCAACUGGCCAGGAGACUAGAGCACGAGAUGAAAUUCGACCGCAAGUGUCGGCGGUCAAGCAGGAACUGGUCGACUUCGUCAAGCUGCCGCGACAAUUGCAACCACUACGACCGUUUGUGCCUCGGGACUUGUCUGGAAUUAUCGCGUCGACCGAGAGAAACCACAAAAAACGACAGCUCGCCGAUCUCGGGUUGAACUUACCUCGGCCAUUGUUACCGCUGAAUGGCCAAAGUUCGUUUCUCGGAACGACUUAUGGCGCGAACCUCGGUGCAAGCGUAGUCCCGCGAAUCACUCCGCAACCGAAGCAAAUCAUCACCCGAAUAACCGAGUUGUCGCCGUCAAAUGAUGGAAAUCACGUCGCCAUUGUAACUCCGUCGGUCAUCGAAUCGCAACGCAGAAUUCACGAUUUCGAUAGAUCGUUCCUUGGCAGAUCAUCGCAUUCGUUCCAUCACAAGCACGGACAUCAUCACGGACAUCAUCACGACCAUCAUCACGAUCAUCACUCGCAUCACGAUCAUCAUGCCAAGCACAAACAUCAUGAAGGACAUAAGCAUCAUGACGGUCAUGAGCAUCAUCAUGGUCAUGAGCAUCACGAGGAGCAUAAGCACCACGAAGAUCACAAACAUCAUCACGGCCACGACCAUCACCACGGACAUCAUCACGAUCACGGCCACAAGCAUCAUUCUGAACACAAGCAUCAUCAUGGACACGAGCAUAAGCAUGACCAUAAUCACAAACAUGGUCAUAAGCAUGGUCACGAGCACAAACAUCAUGGAGAGCACAAGCAUCACCAUGGUCAUCAUCAUCACUCGAAGCACGAGCAUCAUGAAGAACAUAAACACCAUUCGGAACAUCAUCAUCAUCACAAGCAUCAUCAUCACAACGAGCACCAUCAUCAUCACGAUCAUCAUCACGUUAAUGAACACCAUCAUCAUCAUACUCACAAGGAAAGUGAAACCCAUCACCAUCAUCACGGACACGAUCACAAAGAACAUCACAAACACGGACAUAAAGAAGAACACAAACAUCAUCAUGGACACGAACAUAAGCACGGUCAUCACGAAGAGCAUCAUCACGGUCAUCACGAAGAUCAUCAUCACAAACAUGGCCACGAACACAAACACGGUCAUCACGAGGAUCAUAAGCAUCAUCAUCAUGAAGAUCAUCAUCACAAGCAUGGGCACGAACAUAAACACGGUCAUCAUGAGGAUCAUCAUCACGGUCAUCAUGAAGAUCAUAAGCAUCAUCAUCACGAAGAUCACCACCACAAACACGGCCACGAACACAAACACGGUCACAAAGAGGAUCAUCAUCAUGGUCAUCACGAAGAUCAUCAUCAUCAGCAUCAUGAGCAUCACAAACAUAACCACCACGAGUCUCACAAGCAUGGUCAUGAGCACAAAGAAGAGCACAAGCACGGCCACGAUCACAAACAUCAUCACGAUCAUCACGAGAAUCAUCAUCAUCACGAGGAACAUAAACAUCACGAAGGUCACGAUCAUAAACAUAGCCACAAACAUCACGAAGGCCACAAGCAUCACGAGGAUCAUCAUCACAAGCACGGACAUGAUCAUCAUCAUAAACACCACGAGGACCAUCAUCAUCAUAUCUUUGAGAAUCACGGUCAUGAACACUACAAAAGUUUUGGCCAGCAUUUUGGAUCUACGCCCGUUCAGGAAGAAUAUGAGUUUCCGGAAGAAAGCGCAGCGGUUCCUGUAACACCGUCAGCAGAAGAUGUUUUAAAGAUUACAAACCCACCGCAAGUAAGAGAAUCCGCAGAACACGCGGAAGCGGUGCAAGUUUAA